UUUAGCCGGUUUGAGAGAAAGGUGUAUGUUGCAUAUUGUGAACGCUUAGAAUUUUGAUUCAUUAAGCGUCUAAUGUUGCUUAAAUAUCUACAUGAGGAAGCGAAUCGGUAGACCAUAACUAAUGUAGUGAAAGGCCGGAAGUGAUAUUAAAACAUGAUGUGUUGUCAGUAACGAUUGAAUGACAUUGCAGCGAAGGUGUGGUUUCCAGUGAGGGCUACUAACAAAAACAAUUCCCUCAUGUAUUGCUUAGUAACGAUACAGGGAGUGUUCUCAGACUCAACAAAACAGUACUUCCGCCGCACCUUGUAGCAAAUCAAUAAAUUAAGAUGAAAACCGUAUAAAAUCAAAUAUUCUGUUUUUAUGUGAUGAAAAACCAAAGAGAUCAUUGAAAGCCAUUUUUGUUUAUUUGGAAAAUUCCUGCUUCGAUUCGAAUGAUUAGUUUCACUGUGAGAGUGAGUGUUACUGCAUGGUAAAAAAGACUAUGAGAACCGGGAAUUCACCAUUUUGGAUCAUGUUUCGUUGUAAAAUCCUUUUUCCUGCUUCGACCUUGACCUACAUUGUGCAGCACAAACUGUAUGAAUUCAGUGCAUCAGAGGACAGAAGCACAGAUGAUGAAAUGCUGAAAAGAGCUUUGGGGCAAAACUGCCUUGUACAAAUGAAAACGAAGCAAAAAUAGAUUUGUUGCAGGUUUCACUUGAUAGAUUGAAAUUACUUAGGAAGGCAGCAAACACCAGCUGCACUAGAACACCACCACCAGGCUUGUGCAUUUGCAUAAUUUCGUACCAUCCGAUCUCACUACCGAUUAGGGAUAAGCAUUUUCAGCUAGAACCAGUUUUGGAAAGUUGCUGUGAAUUCUCUCGGAUAAUACCUCAUGGAAAUUUAUAUACCGAUCUGUUCUAAGGCCCAGAACAAAGAAGAAUGUCCGAUACGGAAGAAGAUUCGAUCAGUUCCGACGGCUGGCCCAUUAACGAGGACUGGUUGAUAGAGGUGCUGAAAAAGCAUCACGAAGUGCGGUCCGGAAUUAGGAUUACAGAUUUUAAAGUGAAGCAAGGCUGCCAUGAAGGGGUCAAUAAUCUAAGCGAUAUCCUAGCAGUUUCGGUGAUCUACGAGUUUCAAAAUCAGCAGAUUGAAACUAAGCAUUUGGACAUCGUGAUAAAACUCCUGCCGCAGGAUCCGUUCAGCAGGUUUUUCGUGACGGAAGCGCAAUUCGACUUGAGGGAAAUCAAAUUCUACACAAGUAUACUUCCUGAUCUCCUAGCGUUUCAGGAGUUGCAGAAUACCAAAGAAGAUGGUAUCGGAAUGUUGAUUUCGGUACCCACAUGUUUCUACACGCAGUACACUCCCAAUAUUAGUCCUUCACAUGGCAGUCCAGAGCCUCCGGAGAGCAUUCUAGUGUUGGAAGAUAUGCGAUCGCUAGGUUACAAGGGUGCUAAUUUUACUUCCGGACUCACAGUCAGUCAAACAGAGGCUGCCAUUCGAGCAAUCGUGACCAUCCAUGUGCUUUCGCUGGGUCUCAAAGUCAAGAAGAAGGUCAACGUUAACGAAAAAUAUCCCUUCCUCUUCCAAACGACCCGAGCCACCGAGAGCUACCAGCAGUUAGUGGAACAAGGCAUGCCUCAGCUAACUAAGUUUCUCGAGACUAAGCCAGACUACGUAAAUGAACUCAAGGCGCUCAAUAAAAUCCGUCCCAAGACGAAAGAACUGAUCGAAACACUUUUACAGCCAAUUGAACCAAUGGGACUGAUUACACAUACGGAUUUUUGGUGUAACAAUCUACUGUUCCGUUCGGAAGCGGAUGGCACUGAUACCUGCAUCAUUUUGGAUUGGCAGAUGGUGACAUACAGCCGCCCCACCAACGAUCUGGCGUUGCUGCUGGUAUCGUCAAUCCCGUCCAAUAUUCGGCGACAACAUAGUGCUCGACUGCUAGAUUUGUACUACAAUCUGCUGAGAGACAAUUGUUUGAAGUUGGACAUAGAUAUAGAGGUUGACUUAGACUACAGUCGAAAUAAGAUGGAACUUGAGUAUCGACAAUCCGGACUUUUGGCGUUACUACUUUGUAUUGGUUCGAUCGAUAUAGCUAUUGGAAAUCCGCUGGCCGAACAACGGCUGCUGGAUGUACUGCGGGAUUUUAACAACGAUGGCGUGUUGAGUUUAGAGGAGUUCAUCAGUUGUAAUUAAUUACUUGAGACUCGAAGCAUAGAACAUUAAUUAUUUUCCAGUAAAACCCACAUGAACUUUAAUGAAAACAGUUAGAAUCUCAAUUUUCAACUAGAUUAAAAUACUGUUGUUCAGCUUUACAACUAACUCGCCAGAUGAUAAAUUAUUGUUACCACAAAGAUCUGUGCUUUUAACGUAGAACUGCACGCAAAUUCAGUCGAUCGUUGUAACUGUUAAUCGGAACCGAGUUAUUGAGGAUGAGAUAGCACACAUUAAGAAAUUAUAAGCUGUCACAUGGGUUGGUUUCAGUGAACCAAUUUAUUGUCGAAUAGGCCCUUAAACGCACAUCAAUAGAGUUCAUAGCACUACCCGAAUUGUCCACAACCGUAAGCAAAGUUGAAUAACAACGUCGUGGAUCUGUGA